AUGAAAGUAGAUCUUGGCGAUGACAUGCCAUCUCAUGUAACCACCCCCCCUCCCCCCCUUUUUCCCCCCCUGGAUACUGAUAUUGGAAUUUAUGGAUACUUGGAAAUUGAGGAUAUGGUUUGGAUAUGUCGGAACCCGGGCACCCUUGACGGGGUGUUACCGUACACCCUUAGCCGGGUAGUCUACGCGCAUAGGACUUGUCACAGGCUUACGAGUAUUGAGGAUUUUGCUGUACGUGCUAGUGAACUCAGUUCCCCGGUUGGACGGCUCGUCCCUGGCCACAUGGUUGUUGAGGAUUCCUCCAUGUGGUUCAGCCAAACGAUCCCCAUGUUGGAUUGUUUUCCCAGUGCAUGA